CGAGAGUCAGUUCAGCAUCAUAACGCCAAUAUGCCGAAGUCAAAGCGCGCGAAAGUCGUCCACCUGUCUAAAACAGAUAAGAAGGGCAAGGAGCUUUCGCAGAAGGUCUUUGCCAAUGUGCAGGAAGCCGCCGAUAACUUCCAGCAUGUCUUCGUCUUCUCGGUGGAGAAUAUGCGAAACUCUUAUUUGAAGGACCUGCGCGCCGAAUUCUCGGACAGCCGCUUUUUCUUCGGCAAGACAAAAGUCAUGGCCAAAGCCCUCGGAACGACGCCCGCAGACGAGCACCUCACGAAUCUGUCCGCGCUCUCCCCAUAUCUCGUCGGCGAAGUCGGCCUCUUCUUCACAAAUCGCGAGCCUAGCGAGGUCAUAGAGUACUUUUCGUCCUACUCACAAACCGAUUUUGCGCGCGCCGGCAUUCGCGCUACGCAGACCUUCACGGUUCCCGCGGGAGUGGUAUAUUCAAGAGCUGGAGAAUUGCCAGCUGAGGAUGACGUACCACUGCCGCACAGCCAGGAGACCACGGUCAGAAAAUGGGGGAUGCCCACAAAGCUGGACAAGGGAAAAGUGGUACUGGACGCGCCGUACACUAUUUGCAAAGAAGGGCAGCUAUUGAAUAGCCAUCAGACAACACUGUUGAAAAUGUUCGGCGUCGCCAUGGCGGAAUUUAAGGUCGACAUGAAGGCUUACUAUUCGGCGGCUACGGAGUCUGUCACGGAGGUCGGUGCCAUGGAAGAGUAGGAUGCUGGGAAACUGAGGUGCAGCUGCUCGCAUGACGACGGCGUUCUCAAGGCGUUGGGCUAGAUUUGGAAAAGUCCUUCGGUUCUAGAUCAUACGGAUGUUCACGAUCAUGAUCUGAGUCUAAUAUACCCCGUUUUCUUGCCACUUGAGGAUCCUCUUAUCCGCCCAAGCACGGUGGAGGAUCUUCCUCUCCCGACCUCUAGUCUUAGGUCUCAAAUUCACACGG